GCAGAACUGACAGACGCGCUAGGGAGCAGCUGCACCAUCUCGGGUUUCUUCAGAUUUUAUCUGUUAAAACAGCUCUGGCGUUCCUCAGAUUUGCAGCAAAGCAGUGAGGUUUGCCAUGACGUCACGCACAGGUCCAAGAGCUGCGGGGACUGAUGGGAGUGACUUUAAGCACAGAGAGAAAGUGGCAUCUCACUACCAGAUGAGCGCUUCAUUAAAGUCAGAGAUCAAGAAGCUGACUAUUGUACAUCUUCUAAUAUGGGCAUUAGUAGCCGCCCAGGUGACAGUGGCCCACCUCAAGCUACUGUCCUAUGACAUUGUGGCCAUGCCAUACCAAUGGGAGUACCCAUAUCUUCUAAGUCUGCUACCCUCACUGCUUAAUGCCAUGGCCAUGCCCAAAAACAACAUCAGCUACCUGGUGAUCUCCAUGAUUAGCGCGGGCCUGUUUUCUGUGGCUCCGCUGAUCUUCGGCGCCAUGGAGAUGUUCCCGGUGGCCCAGCAGCUGUACCGGCAUGGCAAAGCUUACCGCUUCAUCUUUGGAUUUUCAGCUGUGUCAGUGAUGUAUCUGCUCAUGGUAAUUGCCAUCCAGGUACAUGCGUGGCAGAUUUAUUACAGCAAGAAGCUACUAGACGCCUGGUUUAACUCCACACAGGAAAAGAAGAAGAAGUAAAAUGGCCAACAAUGGAGAACUGGGUGCAGGCCAUGUUAUACUAUUUUGCUCACAAUUCUGACAUGCAUGGAAGUAUAAAAAAGUGAUAGAUGCACACGUAAGAUCAAACAGACCUGCAUACAAUUAGGCUGUGUUUGUUUACAGUGCAUUGUUUCUGGUCUGUCCACCAGUGUACAAUAUAUUUGUAUAGAUUCUUUAUGUGUGUAAUCUGUUAGGCCAUCAUGAAUUAUGUUUCUACUGAACGGAGUAGUGUUGAUAGACUACUGAGGCAUGUACUGUAAUACAUGUGUAUGUCUUUGAGGGAGACUGUAUGUGUGCAUGUAAAAUUUCUGCCUCUACAUUACAUCACAUUAUACUGUACUAUUAUGCUAUGGCCUUUUAACCUCAAUGCUUUUUUUUCAAUGCUCUCAAAAUAAAAGAAGAUUGUUUAAAAA